GGGUAGAAGAAAUUAAUUAUAGUAAAAAAAUAAAAUAAUAAAAUAAAAAAACAACCAUUGGGAAAAGUUGUGUCAAAAACCUGCAAAGGAAGCCGUCAAAGAAGCGAUGGAGAGGGUCCCUUUAUGGGAAAUGGUUAUUGAUCAGUACUGUGGACCUGAUAGGAUUACAGCAAAGAAACAGCAAGAGGAGCUAGAAAGUGUUGCAAAAACUAUUCCUAACAGUGCACCAGCUUCUGUGAAGCAAUUUGCUAAUCGUGCAGUUCUUUCCCUGCAGAGCAACCCUGGUUGGGGAUUUGACAAGAAAUUCCAAUUCAUGGAUAAGCUUGCUCGGGAGGUCUCUCAACAAUACAGUUGAAGUUGGAAGGCUUGUUUCUGAUGAUGAUGUCAUGAUUACUGAGAUCUUAUUCUGGAAUCGAUAUAUGUUGAUUCAAUCUUCAUUUGGAAAAUAAUCUUAUAUGCAAAAUGUUUUUCAAAAAAAUUUUGGAGCUGUGUCCUAUAAUUGACUGUUGGAAUAAACUCCUUCAGCAGGUCUCGUCUUUUCUUUGCAACAAUACUUCAUGCGGCUCUUUCCAUCUCCAUAUGCAGCAAAGCACCAUCUUUCAUCAGAAAACGAUCAUAUGUUUGAUAUUUAUAGCAUGGGUUUAGCGAACAGCAACCACAAAAGAAUACAUAGAAGAUGUUAAGCAUAACUACAUCAUGAAGCGGGAGACUUUGUAUGGAAUGAACUUUCUCAUUGUCACUGGUGGCAAACUCUGGUUAUAUACAUAUCACUGGAGGUUCUUUUGAACAGACCUUAAUGCAUAAAGAAGCAUGGAAAGCAGCUUCAAUGUUGUUUACAAGGAAGUCAAUCUAAAUCAGAGUGUCAUCUGUCCCGUGUUGCCAAAGGUCAAUUGUAA